ACCUCGUACAGGAGUGUGGAGGAAGUUUUCCCUCGUCCGCUUUUUCUUUUUCGAAGAAUGGUUUAUUUAACUCUUCUUCGACGAUGCUCACGGUGGUCGAAGGUGACGAUGAUUCAUACUGGUUUAGUUUUAGCGCUGCUGAGUUUGAGUUUUCUUCUGCCUGAUGUUGUUGGAGAUGAACACUCUCUGUGUUAUCUCUACACUGUCCAGUCUAAAAGCUCUUCAGACAGAGGCUAUGAGUUCAGUGCAGUGACUCUGCUGGAUGACAGACAGAUUGACUUUUACAACAGUACGAAAGAAACCAGGACUGCUAAACAGGACUGGAUGAAGGACAUAAAGGAGAGUGAGUGGAAAGAUGGCAUUGGAAAGCUGAAGUCUGAUGGACAAUACUUAAACAAGGUCCUCGACAACCAAAUGAAGGCCUUCAGACACGAUGAGUCAGAUGGUCACUCUCUGCAGUGGAGAAUCGGCUGUGAGGGUGAAAAACAAUCUGACGGCUCAGUUUCAGUGUUAAACUGCAUUAAUGAAUUCGGCUACGAUGGACAGAGUUUAAUCUCUUAUGACUGGGCCUCGAGGAAAUGGUCAACCUCAUUCAGUCAGAAUGGAGUAAUGGAGGAGUGGAACGCUGGACGCGGUCAGAACCCUGUUCAGAAUUGUGAAGAGUGUGAGCACUGGCUGAAGAUUUAUUUACAGUACAACACCACUGAAACCAAACAGAAUCAAAUGGAUGUUCAUGUGUUUGCAAGAAAACCUGUAACUGACUCAAAGAAGCUGACUCUGACCUGCCUGGCCACGGGCUUCUACCCCAAAGAUGUGGAGAUUGAACUGAGGAAGUUCACCACUUCACUGCCUGUAUAUGUACUGACAUCUUCAGGAGUCAGACCCAAUGAUGAUGGAACCUACCAGCUGAGGAAGAGUGUGGACGUCCAUGAGGACGAAGCAGCAGAUUAUGACUGUUAUGUGACUCACAGCUCCAUCAACACACCAGUAAUUAAACAGUGGGAUGGAAAAUGCAGUAACUACCAGAGCGGUCUGAGUGGAGGAGUGAUUGUAGGAGUGAUUGGAGGAGUGAUUGGAGGAGUGAUUGGAGGAGAGACUGUAGGAGUGGUGGCUCUGCUGGCUGUGCUGGGUGGGAUCAUAUAUUUUUGUGUAAAGAAGAGUAAAAGUAGAGGUGAGAAAAGUAAGAGUGGGUCAAAUGAAACCAGCAAUGGACAUGUGGUGUAUAUUCCAACUUCAACAGAUAAUGGAGACGUUAAUAAGGUGGUGAUUUACAUCAAUGGGAAUUAACCCAGGCUUAACCCUGUUUCUAUGGUCUCAUUCCGAGAAGCUAUAAAAGAUAAAAUAAUCCUUUAUUAGUCCCACAACGGGGAAAUUCUCAGCUGUUGCUCAUAAGGUUUCAGCAUUUUAAUGUAUGUUUUUAAUAUCAAGGAUUUGAGAAUCGCUCUAGAGUAUUGCGUUGAGCACUUUUCUUCACACUACAGUAUUAGUCAUAUUAAGUAUUUCAAGCAGAACCCCUGGUCUAGGUGUAAAGAAGUGGCAGUAGCCAAACAUGUUUACUAGCACUUUGUUCGUUUUAAGCAACUACACAUAGAAGUAUUACAAUAGACAGGUCAGGAAACAUGCGAGGGAGUUAAAAUGGGAGGGAAUUCUGAUGCAUUAAUUUCAGUUCAGAUAAUCGGUUAGAUUCCUUCAAAUCCCAGUGAGAACCAUGUUUUUAUGGUGGUCAGCUGGAUAUUUCAUACUUUCUUGCCUUCCUUGAUACUAAAUUUUAGGUCAGGAUGUUUCAGUGUUUUCAGUGAUUGGGGUCAUGUGUGUUGUGUAGCUUCAUAUUUAAUAUAUAUUGGACAAGAGUACUCAACCUUGCACUACUAAACUAUGAAUGAUAUACACAACAGCAACUAGGCACUAUAAGUAUUUUAAGCAGAACCUCUGGUCAAGGUGUGAAAGAGUGGCAGUAACCAAACGUGUUGACUAGCAAUUUGUUCAUUUUAAGCAUAAAAGCCUGAGUGUAUCACACAAGACAAAUCAGGAAACAUGAGUUAAAAUGAAAUGCAUUCAUAGUCAGAUUCCUUCAAAGUCCAGUGAUCACCUUGUUUUUAUGGUGGUCAGCUGGAUAUUUCCUACUUUUUGCCUUCCUGGAUACUAAAUUUUAGGUCAGAAUGUUUUAUUGUUUUCAGUGAUUGCGGUCGUGCAUGUGCUGUGUAGCUUCAUAUUUAAUAUGUAGUUCAUUAGCAUGACUCAUAUAUUGCAGUACUCAACUGUGUACUCAUUUGUAGCUGUUUGUAUUGGUUUAAUAGAGUCUGAAUAUGUGAAGUGAUUUUUUUUAUCUACUUAUGCUUUUAUUCAUUUUUACUUGUGCAAUAUUUCUAGAUUCUAGAUAAGCUAAUUUCAGUAAAGCUAACUCAACUUUAAUUGUCUUUCAAAUAUUGAUGAAAAUGGUAGUUUUUUUCUGAUAGUAGGUUUUUAUCAAUGCUGACAUAAAUCUUUUUCUAUGCCAAAUGAGAUACGGCAGCUUUCAUACUACAUUUGGGACAUAGAGAACAAAUAAGAUACAACACUACAGAUACAUAAAAUAAUAGAUACAGAUACAUAAAAUAAAAAAAACACAAUGCUUGCAAGAAGCAUAGCUGAAAGAUGUGCAGUGUUGAGAAAGUAAAGCCAGUUCCACUACAUUAGCAAAGAAACAUUAGAAAGUUUAAAUAUCAGACUUACAUUUAAAUAAUUCAGUACAAAAUUAUAUUUGCAGGUUCGUGACACCUGAAAGUUCACAUUAGUAUAUUUCACAAUUAUGAAGAACGUGUAGUGGUGUGUACUGGAUGACUAAGUGCCAUUCUACCAAUUCAUUUGCCUGUGAAAUGACAUUUCCUCACUAAUCCAUCUGUUUUGCAGUGACAGUGCAGGUGAUUUUGUGCCUGGUUUGUUGAUUAUGAUAUUUAACAAUGAUUAGACAGUGUUGUUUGUUGGACUGCUCCUUCAAUGUGGGCUUUCCUAAGUGAGUGUGUAUCAGUGUAGUGUGGUCAUACACUGCACUGAUACGGAAUGAGGAAGAGGAUGAUUAGACAGUCAUUUGUAGUUUGCAAAUUGAUAUGAUAGCAUUGUGUGAUGUGGUAAGGCGAGGACUCCCUCAUCACCAGUGAAUACCAUCCCUUGGACUUUAAAAUACAUGUGUGUAUAUGAAGGUACUUACCUGUGUCUGCCUGUGAAAGGGAAAGUAGCAAAAGGGGGACAGCAGGUAGACCUACUUACCUUAUCCUUAUUGGGAGGAUCUACCGAUGGGAAGAAAAUGCCAUGACUAAGCCUGACGCUUAGUGUUUGUACAUACUGUAAAUACUUUAUCCUCAGUGUAUUUUUCACUUUGUACAGUUUUUGUUUUCCUGUUGUGUAAAUAAACUGCUUGCUUGUGCACUCUACUUUUACUCUUGCCCACUCUAUUGGUUGACCUUACCAGUAAGCCACACGUAAAACAAAAAUCCUCUUCUCUGGGUUUAACAUCUUCACAAGCAUUGUGCAGUGAAGAAGUUUGCUGUGUUGAGCUUUUGAAAGUACUUGAUGCGUGUAGCACUUAUGUUGUCACUAUUUUUGAAUAAAGCUUUUCUUUCAAA